AUGGCGGGGAACGACUGGGUUAAUAGCUACUUGGAGGCGAUUCUGGACUCGGAGCCCGGGAACAUCGGCAGGGACCCGGCGGCGAAGUCGUCGCUGCUGCUAAGGGAGAGAGGGGGUUUCAGCCCGACUCGUUACUUUGUGGAGGAGGUGAUCUCCGGGUUCGACGAGACCGACCUCUUCAAGUCAUGGGUAAAGGUAAGUUGAUGGAGUAAGAAGAAAGAGAAGGGGAUGGGGAACUACUUCCUCUCUCUGGGUUUUUUUUCUCAGUUGCAGUUGAUGAUGAUGAUGAUGAUGUUGCUGACAACGGGGGCUUGUUUUCUUGCGAUUUCUGUUGGCAAAUAUUUGAUCCAGGCUGCGGCCACGAGGGGCACGCAAGAAAGGAACACGAGGCUGGAGAACAUGUGCUGGAGGAUAUGGAACCUGGCGAGGAAGAAGAAGCAGGUUUUUCUCUUUCUUAUUUCAUGAUCAUUCCAAAAUUUAUCUGUUGAUGCUAUCAUUGGACGAUCAAGAGUUAUGGCUAUGGCUUUGAUCCACUAUCCUAUGAACGUGAAAGUGAGACUUUUUAUUUGAUGCAAUGAUCCGACCAAUGCUGAUGUUAAAUAAAAGGAAGGUGUGCUUGGCUAAUAUUAGUUGUCUGUGUGAGUGCUGGAUUGAUCCAUGGUGUUGAUUAUUUGGACCUCUCCCUGGGAUUUUUGUAUUCAUUUAUAGGAAAUAUCUCGAUAAAAUACCAUUUUUAUGAUAAUUCCGUGGUUGUCUGUUUAAUACUUGUGAUAUGUUCGUCUAUCUCCUCCAUUUAAUUUGACACAGAAUAAAUAAAAUGCCUUUUUUUUGCAUAGUAAGUCAGUUGACAAGAGCAAUAUAUUUUUUAUUUUUCUCAAAAAAUUCGUCCGAGUCAACCCAAGGUCCAUAAAUUUUGUUUAAAAUUAUCCCUUUGACUGUUCACUCUUUCUCUAUCAAAAAAUUUAUCAAAUCCUAUCAUAAUUUCAGUUAAAAAUUAUGAAAUCCUGUCACUAAUAUUCUGUUUGGUCGGAUCUAAUAUUAACAUAGCCUGCAUUAGAAGUCUGGAUUUUUGUUCAACUUUUGGCAUCUUUGUUCUCUUCAUCAGCAUCUAUAUACUAUUAUUUUUCCAUCUGCUGCAAUGUUGUUGCGAUCCUAUGCAGAAAGCAUAUUUUCCUGUUGAUUAUAUAUCUACUUUACCACAUAUUGGUCCACUCUAACGCUCAGCAAGGCAAUUUACUAUGCUUUGAUGUCUUUACCAUUACAUGUAGACAACAACAGCUCCUGUCUUAAAAUGUUCAAACUCUCAAUCACUGGGUAAAUUUUAAUCUUAUAAGUUUUUAAGUUUUAUUUGACUGAUUCAGCGUUCAGAAGACUUUCUCUUCAUCAUUUUUUGUCCUUUUUUUUUUUUCCUUGCUUUAUUACCAAUCAUAAACAAAAACCUGGGUGUGGUUCCGAAGUGGGGAAAUUGUUUUUUCAGAUUCAUGUUUAUUAGUGGUGAUCAUCACAAAUUCUGAUUUCUGUUGUUCGGUGGAAAAUGAUAUUUAAGGAUGUGAAGCCCCUGCUGAUUUUAGAUGCACUCUCGGUUGCUUACUUUCUGUUCAACUGUUCCUCUUUUCUUUGCUGUAAUAAUUCAGAUAGAAGGGGAGGAAGCUCAGAGCCUCGCCAAGCGUUGCCUGGAGCGUGAGAAGGCCCGGAGAGAUGCGACCGCUGAUAUGUCAGAAGACCUGUCGGAGGGGGAAAGAGUGGACACUGUUAGUGAUAUUUCAUCGCAUGGUGACUGUGCUAGAAGCAGAAUGCCAAGAAUCAGUUCUGUCGAUGCGAUAGAGGGUUGGGCUAGUCAGCACAAAGACAAGAAGCUGUACAUUGUCUUGAUCAGGCAUGGAACUGGAUCUCACUGCCUCCUCAUUGUCUUCUUUUGUUGUCUAGAAGUCAACUCACUAGAGGAAAGUCUUAACGCGUAGCUCUAUCAUGGCCAGGAUCAUAUACAUGGGCUGGGUAUCCUUAAAGUUUCUUUUCUUUUCCUUUCCUUUCCUUUCCUUUCCUUUCCUUUCCUUUCCUUUUGGUCCGUGUUAUCGCUGUAAUAAUUUCAAUCUUUUUACACAUGCAGCCUUCAUGGCUUGAUACGGGGAGAGAAUAUGGAGCUUGGCCGGGAUUCUGAUACGGGUGGCCAGGUGCUUCUCCAUUUUCAGCUCUGUUUCGGACUUGUUGACUGAAUUUCUGCCGUCUGUUCUUCUUGCGCAGGACUGCCUACCCUGCUAGACGCAGCCUUCUUUAAUAUAUAUAUAUAUAUUUUCAGGUCAAAUAUGUGGUCGAACUUGCAAGGGCUUUGGGACUGAUGCCUGGUGUUUACCGGGUUGACUUGUUGACCAGACAAAUAUCCUCACCUGAAGUGGACUCGAGUUAUGGUGAGCCCACUGAAAUGCUAUGCCCAGGACAUUCUGAAAACAUCUCAGAGAAUGUAGGGGAGAGCAGCGGUGCCUACAUAGUCAGAAUACCGUUCGGCCCCAGGGAUAAAUACCUCGAGAAGGAAUUGCUGUGGCCGUAUAUUCAGGAGUUCGUCGAUGGCGCAUUGAGCCAUAUUGUGCACAUGUCCAAGGUUCUUGGGGAGCAGAUCGGCAGUGGGCAGCCAGUUUGGCCCAUUGCCAUCCAUGGGCAUUAUGCUGAUGCAGGUGACUCUGCGGCUCUGCUGUCUGGCACUUUGAAUGUUCCCAUGGUCUUCACCGGCCAUUCUCUUGGGAGAGACAAGCUGGAGCAACUUCUGAAGCAAGGACGCCAGUCCAGGGAAGAAAUCAAUGCGAUGUACAAGAUAAUGCGCCGCAUUGAGGCCGAGGAGCUCUGCCUGGACUCCUCUGAGAUCAUCAUCAGCAGCACUAGGCAGGAAAUAGAGGGGCAGUGGUGCCUGUACGAUGGGUUUGAUGUGAUACUGGAGCGGAAACUGCGGGCCCGAAUCAGACGUGGUGUGAGCUGCUACGGCCGUUUCAUGCCUCGCACAUUUGUGAGUAGUACUUAUCAUUACCCUGCAGGUCCAGCUUGUCGAGCAUAACACGUUACUAUAAAACCAGAGCUAUUUCUCUAAUUUUCAUCCAUUUUGGUCCUCCUGCUUAAGUGAAGAAAUUAUAUGAACAAAUGAAAAACUUUCUUUCUCAGAUAAUUCCACCAGGGAUGGAGUUCAACCAUGUUGUCGAUGGAGAUCUUGAUGGUGACAUUGAAGGAAAUGAGGAGCAUUCUGCGUCACCAGAUCCACAGAUCUGGGCCGAGGUCUGAACGCCCUUAAAAGCUAGCAUUUUUAAAUGAAUUCGUGCAAGCUGACACGAAAUUUUGAGAAACCCACCCUGCAGAUUAUGCGCUUCUUCACAAAUCCCCGCAAGCCAAUGAUCCUCGCACUUGCUCGGCCAGACCCCAAGAAGAAUAUCGUAAUGCUAGUCAAGGCAUUUGGUGAAUGCCGAGCACUUAGGGAGCUUGCGAACCUUGUACGCCAAUCUUGGGGAUAGAAUUAUUCAAGCUCCUAGAACACGUCCUCUCUCAUUUCUUGAAGCUUCUGCCUGUUUUCUGUUUUUCCCUCAUUUUUUGUGCAGACAUUGAUCAUGGGUAAUCGUGAUGCCAUCGACGAGAUGUCAAGCACAAGUGCAUCGGUGCUCACUGCGGUACUUAAGUUGAUCGACAAGUACGAUUUGUACGGCCAAGUGGCAUACCCUAAGCACCAUAGACAGAGUGAUGUUCCAGACAUUUAUCGUCUAGCAGCCAAAACAAAGGUAUUCAAGUCUAGAUUGUGAGACCUUAAAACAUAGAAUUUUCAUCAGUGACAAUGUCCCAUACGGCUAGAAUACCUUUUUUCGUUCCAAUUUUCGUAUGUUGCAAAAUUUUUCUGUCAUGGGUUCGAUGUAGAAAUUGUUUCACGAGUUAUGCUUUACUUUUUACAUCAGAUCGGAGUCUAUUGCCAUGUUGGGGUGUUUUUGCUCAAAUCGACUGAUUAUCUUCUUGGAAAGUAAGAGAGGACGAGUGGGAGCCUCCCGCUUAUUCAAAAUUUGCCAUAAGAUUGGCAGCAUGGCAAAUACUUGACAUUGAAUUGGAGUAAUAUAUGGCAAUAUGACUCGUCAAAAGCAUUCAAUUCUUUCUACUUACAAUUUCUGAUCCUUUUAGCACUCUAUCUAUCGUGUAGCCUUCUUACUAUAAUGAUCCAAUCUGUUCGACUUCAUUGAUGCAGCAAGUACAGCUGGUCAGACUGGACCGGUUCAUUUUAUCAUAUCAACUUGAAUCUUAGAAAUGACUCAUUCCUCGGAUAUGGAGGUCAAUGGAGUUUCUGACCCAUUUAUGAGAGGUCGAUGGUAGAGCUUUAAGAGUAUGAGACUGUCGGUACGUUAUUGUAUGAAACUGUCUGACUCCUUAUUACCAAAAAUGCUAAAGUUCGUCUCUGUGCUUGAGCUUGAGGAGAAACCUUUGUCUAUGAUAAUUCACCGCUCCUCAACAGUCUCUUCUUGUUCCUCGAAAGAAAUUGCAGAGAAGGGUCCACGUCUUCUUAGGCGAUUCAGACCAAAGUGGAUCUGAUUGAUUAAACUAAUGAAGUUGUCCGGUGGAUCCUAUCCGACUUUGAGUUAUCUCGCACAGAAUUCCCAUGUAGUAGUAUUAGUAGUUCAGGGGUUUUUUGUAGACCUGUAACGAGGUGAUCCUGGAAAUCAAGCAUGCCUUCAAACACACCCUAAGUUAUUGCCUACGGAUUACUUUUUAUGCAUGGUAAGGAAUACAGUAUAUGCAUUCGACAAAGCAUGGGCCUCUAGGUUUUGGGAUGUGUGACAGACGCUACUGUCAUUUUUCCAAUGGCAGAAUCUCUCUUCAGUUCUACUGCUCUUCCUGAGAUGAUCAAACUGAUUAAAUAUCUGUUUGUGUUUCAGGGUGUUUUCAUCAAUCCAGCUUUCAUCGAACCAUUUGGUCUUACUUUGAUAGAGGUUCUUUUCCUUCAAUAAUCUGAGACCAACUCCCUUGCUAAACGGUGAUCCCAUUUCCCUAAUCUGACUCUCAAGUCUCUCAUGGAAUAGGCUGCUUCUCAUGGGCUGCCGAUCGUGGCGACCAAGAAUGGAGGCCCCGUUGACAUACACAAGGUAGGCAGAAAAACUCGCCCAGCUUAAGUCUUCAUAAUCAUCCCAAAAAAUAAAUAAAUAAAUAAAUAAAUAAAUAAAUCAUAUAUUUACGUGGGAUGAGAUUACCACCAUCCAGGUGCUCGAUAAUGGGCUCCUUGUCGAUCCCCAUGAUCAGCAAGACAUCGCCAAUGCCCUUCUGAAAUUGGUCGCCGAGAGGCAGCUCUGGGCACGCUGCCGGCAGAAUGGGCUGAGAAACAUCCACCUCUUCUCCUGGCCGGAGCACUGUAAGACAUAUCUGUCCCGUUUGACCAGUUGCAGGCCAAGACAUCCGCAGUGGCAGAGGACCCACCAAGAAGCAUUUGAUGCACCGGAGCCCGAUUCGCCGAAUGACUCGUUGAGGGACAUCCAAGACAUAUCCUUGAACCUGAAGCUCUCAUUGGACGGGGAGAAGGCCGAAGAGGAAAACAAUGUCGUUGAUGGCGGCCUGGACUCUGUGGAGGGCAAGCUGGAGAACGCCGCCAUGAGAUUGCCCAAGGGCGUUGUGAGAGCCACAGUGAAGGCAAACGAGCAGGGAAAUAAUAGCUCGAGUAAAUUCCUGCUGCCAAGAAGGAGAAAGCCCAUUUUUGUGGUCGCCGUGGACUGCGACACCGAUGACGAACGCAUCGGAGUCAUCCAAAGGGUUCUUGAGGUGGUGCGGAGGGCUGGCCCUCCUGGGUCGGGGUUGAUUCUGUCAACCUCGUUGACCAUAUCCGAGGUCUACUCGCUGUUGACCUCGCGAGGAGUGCUUCCGACUGACUUUGAUGCCUUCAUAUGUAGCAGUGGCAGCGACAUUUAUUAUCCAUCUUCUGUCUCGGAGGAGUUCGAGCUCCCCUUCACGUUGGACCUGGAUUACCGCUCUCACAUCGAGUAUCGAUGGGGUGGGGAAGAUCUGAGGAGGACGCUGGUCCGCUGGGCUGCAUCCAUCGUUGACAACAGUGGUCAGGGUGAAGAAGAGCAGAGUGUUGUUGCCGAAGACGAGCAGCGCUCCUCGACAUAUUGCCUGGCUUUCAGUGUGAAGAAUCCGGAGAGGGUAAAGCUUUCUCUUUUUUUUUUUUUUUUGCCUUGAGAACCCACCAAUUUGGACCUUUUUGGGCUUACUGACGAUAAUAAAUAGUAAGAUAAAAAUGUCAUCUUUUUGUGUUGCUCCAGGUUCCACCCAUUAGGGAGCUCCGCAAAUUGAUGAGAAUACAGGCGCUCAGAUGCCAUGUCUUGUACACCCACGGUGGUUCCGAGCUCCAUGUCAUUCCUGUGCUGGCCUCCCGAUCUCAAGCUCUCAGGUUCUGCCGCACCCCAUUUCAUCUUUUCUGCUCUACCCUCUCAAACUUAUGCGGCUCUUCAGGCAGAAUUCUGCUUCACAUUCAUUUCAUUGGUUUCUGUCGAGAGAUAAGCUUGUGUGGGCUUGCUUCCUGCGCUGGAUGCUGCGGAAUCCUGCUUCACAUUUGAUGGGUUUCUGUCGAGAAAUAAGCUUGUGGGCUUGCUUCCUGCUUCACAUUUCGUGGGCAUCUGUCAACAUUUUUGCCAUUUUUGGGUGAUCUUCUCCGCAGAUACCUGUACAUCCGGUGGGGUGUAGAGCUGUCGAACAUGGUGGUACUCGUGGGCGAAGACGGCGACACCGACUAUGAAGGGAUCCUCGGCGGGGUGCACAAGACGGUGAUCCUGCAGGGCCUCUGCAGUGCCGCGACUCCGAGCCGCAUCCGAUCCGGCCGCAGCUACCCGUUGGAGGACGUUGUGGCCUUUGACAGCCCCAAUAUCGUACGAACUGAGGCAGACUCCAUAGAGUUGGGUCUGUCCAAGCUCGGGGUUUUAAGCAGAUGA